CGAAAGAUUGUGGACUUCCUCCACCAGGUAUUACAUCAACGGGGUUUGCUAAUGGCGAUAACACUGCCACCUACACUUGUGAUGAGGGCCACAUACCAUUAAGCGGUAAGGCUGAGAUCUCGUGUCUGGCAUCAGGACUGUGGGAAACCGAUAUACUAAUUUGUCAACCGAAAGAUUGUGGACCUCUCCCCCUAGGUACUUUAUCAACGGGGUUUGCUAAAGGUGGUACCAAGUUUCCUAACACUGCCACCUACACUUGUGAUGAGGGACACACACCAUUAAGUGGUAAUACUGAGAUCUUUUGUCUGGCCUCAGGACAGUGGCUAACCAAUGUACUAAUUUGUCAACCGAAAGAUUGUGGACUUCCUCCACCAGGGAUUUUAUCAACGGGGUUCGCUAAAGGUGGUACCACGUUUCCUAACACUGCCUCCUACACUUGUUAUGUGGGCCACACACCAUUUAGUGGUAAAGCUGAAAUCUCGUGUCUGGCAUCAGGAUUGUGGGAAAUCGAUAUACUAAUUUGUAAACCGAAAGAUUGUGGACUUCCUCCACCAGGUGUUUUAUCAACGGGGUUUGCUAAUGGUGGUACCACGUUUCCUUACACUGCCACCUACGCUUGUGAUGAGGGACACACACCAUUAAGUG